AUGCUCUCCAUCGCCAUGGCCGCGCGCCCCGUCGCCGUGAGCUGCUCGCGCCGCCCGCGUCUGCCAACCCAGGCAGCGGCUGCUUCUGCUGAUGUGGAUCCCUCUUCCUCUCCUGCGGUAGUGGUUCGUAGAGUCAACAAACCGGAGGCAGCGGCGAGGCUCUCGUGCUCGCGCCCCAUGGUUCUGGCUUCCGUGGCCGUGGGGAGUCUGGUCGCCGCUGGCGCCGCAAAUGCCGCCGAGCUAUGGGAUCCCUUGGCCUUGCACGGAUCAUCAGGACUCGUCUUGGCUGACCUUGGCAUUGGAGAUUGGUUUGGGGGUUUGCUGUUUUCAGCUGGGCAGCAGGCUAACGAGGCUGUCCAAGAUCAGUUGUCUGCUCUUAGUUUCUCUAGCUUGGCAGUUAUUUUUGGUGCUGGACUUGUAACUAGUUUAUCUCCUUGUACACUCAGUGUUCUACCAUUAACUCUAGGAUAUAUUGGUGCAUUUGGCUCAGGGAAAGGCCGAUCAGAGGUUGUUGGGAAUUCAAUUGCAUUUUCACUAGGACUAGCAACAACCUUAGCUAUUCUUGGUGUUGCUGCUUCUUUUGCUGGAAAGGCUUAUGGUCAGGUAGGACAAGGGCUCCCAGUGGCUGCUUCUGGUUUGGCCAUCAUCAUGGGAUUGAACCUUCUGGAGGUACUUGAAUUGCAACUUCCCUCAUUUUUCAGCGAUUUUGACCCUCGAGCUGCUGCAGCUAACCUCCCUUCAGGUGUACAAGCAUACCUUGCUGGUCUUACAUUUGCAUUGGCAGCAUCACCUUGCAGCACACCUGUUCUUGCUACCCUUCUGGGAUAUGUUGCCACUUCAAGAGACCCAAUUAUUGGAGGAAGCUUAUUGUUGACAUACACAACGGGCUAUGUUGCGCCUCUUCUUAUUGCAGCUUCUUUUGCUGGAGCAUUGCAGAGUUUGUUGUCAUUCAGAAGAUAUUCCGCAUGGAUAAACCCAAUCAGGUAUCUACUUGUUCUUGAAAUCUGA